AUGAAUUUCAUCACUAAGCUUAUGAGAUACGAGAAGAUCGUCAACGUUCCUAAUUCUGGUACCAUAAUGACAAAUAUGGUCCCGGCUGCAAUCCUUUUGGCCAAGCAUCGCGAAAUUGGUAUAUUUAACUUCACAAACCCCGGGACGUUUACUCACAAUGAGGUCAUGGAGUUGACGAAGAAGUAUAUUCGGCCGUCCCUAACUUGGACUAAUUUCAGCCUUGAAGAGCAAAGGCAAGUCUUAAAAGCACCUCGCACAAAUGCUAAGUUGGACGCAUCAAAGUUGGUUAACACAUUGGCGGGACAUGGCUAUGCCGUGCUGAAUGCCCAAGAUGCGCUGGUAGAAGCUUUUACUAUAAUGAAGGCCAAGGGAUACCAGUGA